UUAGUGGAACUCCCUGUUCGGACAGGGCUCAGAAGUAGGAAAAGAUGGCGUUGGUGGCGGUGCUGCGUGGAGUGAGGGCCAGGCUAGUCCCGCGGCUGCUUCCUUCACCUGUGCGGCUUUUAAGCAAUGGAACAAAAGUAAUGUAUCAAGCUGAUCGUGCCUUCGCACCACUUCAGAAAGUGAUGCUGCCAUCAGAUACUUUUCAUGGCAAAGUGGCCUUUAUCACAGGAGGUGGCACUGGCAUUGGGAAAGGGAUGACAGCUGCUCUUUCUGCUUUGGGAGCAGAGUGUGUUAUAGCAAGCCGGAAACUUGAUGUAUUGAAACAAACCGCAGAAGAAAUUUCUUCUAAAACGGGAAAUAAGGUCCACGCAGUUCAGUGCGAUGUGAGAGAUCCAGCAUCUGUUAGCAAUGCAAUUUCUCAAUUAAUUGAAGUGGCUGGACACCCCAGUGUUAUAAUAAAUAAUGCAGCUGGGAAUUUUAUAUCUCCUUCUGAACGUCUUUCUCCAAAUGCGUGGAGGACAAUCACAGAUAUUGUUCUUAACGGUACUGCCUAUAUAACUCUGGGAAUUGGAAAAGAACUGAUUAAAGCACGAAAAGGAGCAGCCUUUCUAGCCAUCACCACAAUUUAUGCAGAAAGUGGGUCGGGGUUUGUGUCGCCAAGUGCUUCUGCCAAAGCCGGCGUUGAAGGCCUGUGCAAGUCUCUUGCAGCGGAAUGGGGUAAAUAUGGCAUGAGAUUCAAUGUGAUUCAACCAGGCCCAAUAAAGACUAAGGGAGCUUUCAGCCGUUUGGACCCAGAAGGUGUGUUUGAGAGAGAAAUGCUCAAGAGAAUUCCUUGUGGGCGUCUGGGAACAAUAGAAGAGAUUGCCAAUCUUGCCACCUACCUCUGUAGUGAUUAUGCAAGUUGGAUUAACGGAGCAGUCAUUAGAAUGGAUGGUGGUGAAUACGUCUCUAUGGCUGGAGAGUUUAAUCACCUAACCAAGGUUACCAGUGAAGAAUGGAAUAAGAUGGAAGAAAUGAUAAGGAAAACAAAAGGCUCAUAACUUUCUUUCAAACUAUAUUUUUUAUAUAGAAAUUCAAGCACUAUAAAUUUCACUAAUGUUGGUAUUAAUUGACUGACUUUUAUACAUUUUCAAGGCUGAACAAUUUUAAUUUACAUAAGGCACAAUAUUAAAUGCUUUUCAAAUAAGCAUCAUAACAGAAAUUGA